GUAUUUUACAAUAUUCCUGUUGUAUUAAAUAUUUUUUUAAAACAUGUAGGAUUGUCUUGUUCAUUAUGAGAUUGAUUCUGUUAGUCAUCGGAAUGCUAUGUUUCGUGAGGUUGCUGAGAAGUUAUACAGCCAAACUGUUGUCCCAAAGAAGGACAUUCAACUUUUCUUCUUCCUAGUUUACGAAAGAGAUCAUUAUUACUUGGUAUGUUUCAACACUACCACAGAGCAUGGUAAUAUCGAGGUUAUUGAUUAUAGUGAAGAUUCCGGAGAUCACACACAGCUUUUAAAACAUUUGAGAAGUGCAUUUUGCAAUUUUAUGCAAUAUGAAGGAAAUGUACAGAGCUCUGUGUUGUCAAGCGAUAUCAAGCGCAUGGAGCAUGCUGCAAUUGAUUCUCCUUGGAAGUCUACAGAUAUUAAUCAUUUGCACUGUGGAAUUGCAUUGAUGAGGAUUAUGGAAACAUACAUGGGUUUGUCAAAGUGGCCUUUAGGUUUGAAGAAGAAUAAUGUAAGUCUUUCAUCUUAUAUGGAAUGUCCUUAG